AUGCUUUUAGUGGCAGGAAUUGCUCAGGAAGAGGGAUCAUCACCUCUUUUCUUCUUCUUGAUGUCACUUUCACCAAGUAUAGGUUCUCCUUACACAUUGUUGAGGGAGAUGAAAUCUGAUGAGAGAGGAAUGUGGCUAUUCGGCUUUCUCACAGCCUGUGCGAGAUGUGUUGCAGCCGGCAGCCUUGAUAGUGCUAGCAGUGGACUUGAGCAGAUUUCACUUCUUGCAUCUCCUGAUGGUGACAUAGUUCAGAGGAUUGUUGCUUACUUCACAGAAGCACUUGCUGAUCGCGUGCUGAAAGGCUGGAGGCCUGGAUUACACAAGGCCCUGAAUUCAACCAAACUAACAUGUGCUGCUGAAAUUAUUCUUGCACAGAAAUUAUUCUUUGAGUAUUGUCCCUUUUUGAGGCUUUCUUAUGUGAUUACCAACCAAGCCAUUCUAGAAACUAUGGAAGGGGAGAAAGUUGUGCAUAUCAUUGAUCUUCAUUGUUUUGAGCCAGCGCAGUGGAUUAAUCUUCUCGAGGAACUAAAAGCAAGGCAAGAAGGGCCCCCUCACCUUAGAAUUACAGGAAUUCAUGAACAGAAAGAGGUAUUAGAUCAAAUGGCUGUUCGGCUGCAGGAAGCUGCUGAAAAACUGGACAUACCUUUUCAGUUUUGCCCAAUGGUCAGCAAAUUAGAGAAUCUUGAUAUUGAAAGUUUACGCGUAAAGUCUGGAGAAGCUGUUGCCAUUAGUUCUGUGCUUCAGCUGCAUUCUCUUUUGGCAUAUGAUGAUGAUACAAUGCGAAGGAACUCACCAUCUGUGCCAAAUAACUCGAGCUCAGUUCAUUUGCCUGGAGUUUUGCAUAUGAAUCCUCGUACUUUAGGCGAUUUUCUUGAGCGAGAUGUGAUGAGUUUGUACGGUGCCAGUCCUGAUUCUCAAUCAUCACCACCUCCAAAAACAUUAAGCUUUCUGAACGCCCUGUGGGGCCUUUCCCCAAAACUUAUGGUAGUAACUGAACAUGAAUCAAACCACAACUGCCAUGGUUUGAUGGAAAGAGUCGAUGAAGCACUGAAAUUUUAUGCAGCACUUUUUGAUUGCUUAGAGAAUACCCUUCCCAGGGCACCAGUUGAACGACAAAAGAUUGAAAAGUUCCUUUUUGGAGAAGAAAUUAAGAGCAUCAUAGCUUGUGAAGGACUUGAAAGAAAGGCAAGGCAUGAGAAACUUGACAAAUGGAUUCCUAGGCUAGAGUUUGCAGGUUUUGGAAAGAUUAAUUUAAGCUACAACGGAAUGAAGCAGGCAAUGAGAGUGCUGCAGAGUUGCAACUAUGAUGGCUUUAAGAUCAAGGAAGAAAGUGGCUAUUUUAUCAUUUGCUGGCAUGAUUACCCUCUUUUUUCAGUUUCGGCAUGGGGAUUCAAGAGGUAUUAA